AUGAAGCCCUCCACCACUGCCCUGCUGGCCACUGCCGCCGUCGCAGUUGCAGUCGACUACAAUACUGCGCCCCCGAAUCUGUCCACUCUGGCAAAUGGCUCGUUGUACAACACAUGGCGUCCUCGUGCACAUGUGUUACCCCCAUCCGGCAGAGUUGGUGAUCCCUGUAUGCACUACACCGAUCCCACGACGGGGCUAUUCCACGUCGGAUACCUACAUAAUGGAUCGGGCAUUUCGGUGGCCAUCACUGACAACCUGACCACCUAUCACGAUCUCAACCCCGGUGGGGUACAAUCCAUUGUCCCGGGGGGUAUUAAUGACCCCGUCGCCGUGUUCGACGGCAGUGUUAUCCCCCGCGGGAUCAAUGACACCCCAACGCUGCUGUACACCUCGGUGUCGUUCAUGCCGAUCCACUGGUCCAUUCCGUACACGAGAGGCAGCGAGACGCAGUCACUAGCGGUGUCGACAGACGGAGGCCAUAAUUUCACCAAGUUAUCCCAGGGCCCUGUCAUCCCGUCACCGCCCUUCGCUCUCAACGUCACGGGCUUCCGUGACCCGUAUGUCUUCCAAAACCCAGCCCUGGAUGAUACUCUCUCCAGCGCGCCGGGAACAUGGUAUACUGUUGUCUCCGGCGGAGUGCACGACGUCGGCCCAUCCCUGUUCCUGUAUCGUCAGCAUGACAUGGACUUCCAGUACUGGGAAUACCUCGGCCAAUGGUGGCACGAACCAGCCAAUACCACCUGGGGAGACGGUAUUUGGGCCGGAAGAUGGGGAUAUAACUUCGAAACGACUAAUGUCUUCACGCUCAAUGAGGAAGGAUACUCAUCUGACGGGGAGAUCUUUCUCACUUUCGGUGCGGAAGGAUCGCAGGCUCCCAUUCAGAAACAAGUCAGUUCUAUCCACGACAUGCUCUGGGCAUCGGGGAGCAUCUCGACUAACGACGGAUUUGUGACAUUUACGCCCACCAUGGCCGGCGUGCUCGACUGGGGUGUCUCCGCCUAUGCGGCAGCGGGGAAGAUACUCCCUGCUGAUUCUCAAGCCGGAAUGAAAAGCGGUGCACCCGAUCGCUUCAUAUCCUAUGUCUGGUUAACUGGCGAUCUAUAUGAACAAGCAAAGGGGUUCCCUAGUGCACAGCAGGGCUGGAUCGGCACGUUGCUUCUUCCGCGCGAGCUGACCGUGCGCAGGAUCUUGCAUGUAGUGGACAACGCACUUGUGAGUGAGGAGGGAUCGUGGCGUAUGCAACAGCGCAAACACAACAAUUCAGUGGAGCUGACGACACUGGGCAUGAACAUCGCGCGGGAGACGUAUGAUGCGCUUGUAUCAGGGCCAUCGAUUGAGGAACCCGCUCGCGAAAUGCAGAGCGCAAGCGUAGUGCCUUUCCGUCACUCUCCUAGAAGUAAAUUCUUCGUGCUGACUGCGAAGCUCUCGUUCCCUAAGUCUGCGCGAGAGUCGGGAAUACGAAGUGGGUUUCAGAUCUUGUCAUCGCAGUUGGAAUCGACGACGAUCUAUUACCAGUUCUCCAACGAGUCGGUCAUCGUGGAUCGGAGUAAUACUAGUGCCGCAGCGCAGACCACCGCCAUCGAUUACGCGAACGAAGCAGGACGACUGCGACUCUUUGAUGUAUUUGAGGACGGUGAAGAGGAAAUCGAGUCGUUGGACUUGACCAUCGUGGUGGAUAAUAGCGUUGUGGAGGUGUUUGCCAAUGGCCGCUUUGCUUUGAGUACUUGGGCACGGUCAUGGUAUGCCAAUUCGACGGAGAUUCGAUUCUACCAUAACGGAGUGGACGAGGUGAGGUUUAGCGAUGUGGUUGUUUCGGAGGGAUUGUUCGAUGCGUGGCCGGAGAGACAUGGUAUAUAA